AUGGAUGUCUCGCCAUCACAUUGUCAGCCUCCUCAACCAUCCCCGAUUGGGUGUCCUAGAGCGAAGAUGAAAUUUUUGAGAAGCUCUUCACUGACUUGCACAGAAACUGUAGCCGACAUAAAUGAGCGUAUAAAAGUGAUGGCUGGUUCAACUAAUUCUUUGGAUGAGACUAAUUCAGACUCUACGAAAACUAUUAAAAAAGCUGAUGCAUCUACUCAUGGUUCUAUAGGACUUGGUAAGUCAAACUGGUUUCUCGCUAAGUUUACAUAGUC